UCUAUUUUGCUUUUUAGUGUUUGUUAAUUGAGAAUGUUGAUUUUGUUUUUCCAGAAAUGUCAAGCAAACGCAAAAGCAUCAGUAGAAAGUUGCCACCAACACUAAAAAAACAUGCCUUUAAUCGAGGAAUAAGUGAGGCACAUGAUUCCAAUGAGACUCUCCCACCUUCUCAACCAAUUUCUAGCGAGGAAAUUGUGAUUGAGGGUUGGAGACAAGUGUCAAAAGUUUCAACGGUUAAUAAGCAUCGCAAUUUAACACCGGCCAUUAGAAAUCGUUCAUUUCUUACAAAAGAAAUACGCUAAGCUAGUGGAUCUCAGUCAAAUGAACAAGCUGUAAUUUCUUCCACCCAAAAGGCUUUUAAUCAUCGACGUCGAGCUAAUGGCGUUGAUGCUGCAAUGAACGCCGUGGAAGUCGGAGAGAUAGUUAGAGAUCAUAAUUCUCAGUUACCACAUGCUGAAAUUUCUUCUCAAGUUCCACACAGUAUAUCAGUUUCUGACGGUUAUGAUCAUGAGACCCACACAACUCAUGUUGACAAUCAACCUUUCCAUUCUUCGCCAGUUGAUGGAAUUUCAUUGCGUUCUCCGACUGUUAGAGGAUUAUAUAAAGGUGUUGAUUUGGACAAACUUACAAAUGACAAAAAGGACAAGUUAACUGUUUUCAUACCUCCUGGAAAAUACUUUUCUCCAAUUGGUAAGCAUGAAAGAAAAUUAGCUUCAUGGUUGGGUUAUUGUGCUAGAUCUGUUGGGCCGCCAAUUGAGUCAUGGAGAAAUAUUGAAAAGACUAAGGGGCUUUUAUUAUUUAAAAUGGUAAAGGACUAUUUUGAUGUUAGUCCUGAAAGCCCUGCAAAAUGGAAGAAACUUGAAGAAAAAGGUGAUGUGAGACCUGACACACCAGAAAUGAAGCAAGAAAAAUUUGAAAUGUAUUGCUUUUAUAAGAUGGGAAUAUUAUACCGCAAGUGGAAGCAUAAGCUACAUGUGAAGUACAUGAUGUAUACGAACGACGAGGAUCGACUGAAAAAUAUUCCUCAAGGGCUGUCUUCUGGUGGGUGGAAGUCCAUGUUUAACGUGUUUCGUCAACAAGAAUUUCUGGAAACAAGUAAAAAGAAUUCAUUUAAUCGUUCUAGACAAAGGAUUGUAGCAUCUACUGGUCCAACUCCUUUUGUUCAAGUUGAGUAUGAUAUGAUGGAUGAAGAAAUUGGUGUACCACCUAUUUCUGAAGUUUGGAUGGCUACACAUACAUUUGUGAAUGAAAAUGGUGCACAAGAUUUUCAUGAUCCAGAGUCAUCAAGGAUAUAUGAAGAAAUGCAAAGAAUUGAAAACCAGCCAAGAAAUGAUGAUGAACCGGUUCCUAAUCCGGAUGACGUCUUAGAGGAGGUGUGCGGAACAAAAUCGGAUUAUGUUCGUGGUAGAGGUUUAGGGUACAAAGCACGUAAAAAAGGUAUGGCUAUAGCAACUGCUAGUAAUGAUGAGGUUGUAGAAUUGAGGCGUUGCGUAGCAGAAAUGACUACUCGUAUACAGUUGCAAGAACAACUCCAUAAAGAAUUCUUGGAAAGACUCGAUAGCAUGCAUAAUGGUUUCCAAUUUUCAAAUAGUCAAGUUGAUUCAGAUAAAGCGUGAUUGGAUCAAGACAUAUGGUCAAUUUGGUUAAAGACAGUGUAAAAGUUAAAUACACUCCAUUCUUAUUGUUUAUUGUUUUAG